GGGAGGGGGGAGGACGAAAAGGAGCGAGAGGGAGACAGAGGGAGUAGAGAGCGAUGACGAGUUUUCUUGGCCUUGUGAGGAAGGGGAGCUCGCUGCUCCGGAGAAGCUCUGCUAUCUCUGCAGGGCAAGCAAUAGAAGAAGCGCAACAAGUAGCUCCCAGCUUGAGGGAUUCUGCUGGGACUAAGAUUAGGAAUGAUGCAACCCAGCUCAUAGGGCGGACGCCAUUAGUCUACCUGAACAAAGUUUGUGAAGGAUGUGAAGCUCGGGUGGCUGCUAAGCUCGAGUUCUUGCAGCCUUCCUUUAGUGUGAAGGACAGACCGGCUUAUGCUAUGCUGGAAGAUGCGGAGAAAAGAGGAUUGAUAACUCCAGGGAAGACCACAUUGAUUGAACCCACAUCUGGAAAUAUGGGAAUUGGACUAGCAUUUAUGUCAGCCAUGAAAGGUUACAAUCUUAUACUCACAAUGCCAUCAUAUACGAGCAUUGAGAGGAGGGUGACCAUGAGGGCCUUUGGCGCAAAUUUAGUUCUCACUGAUCCUACUAAGGGAAUGGGAGGCACAGUAAAAAAGGCUUAUGAACUUGCAGAAUCUUACCCUGAUGCAUUUAUGCUCCAACAAUUUGAGAAUCCUGCAAAUGUUAAUAUACAUUUUGAGACCACUGGUCCUGAAAUUUGGGAGGAUACUUUGGGCCAAGUGGACAUCUUUGUGAUGGGAAUUGGAAGUGGAGGUACUGUGACAGGUGUGGGAAAAUAUCUUAAAUCGAUGAACCCUAAUGUUAAGAUUUAUGGAGUUGAGCCUUCAGAAAGCAAUGUUUUAAAUGGAGGAAAACCAGGUCCUCACCAGAUAACUGGAAAUGGGGUUGGUUUUAAGCCGGAUAUUCUGGAUAUGGAUGUAAUGGAAAAAGUUCUUGAGGUUAGCAGUGAUGAUGCUGUGAAGAUGGCAAGAGAGUUGGCACUAAAAGAGGGCCUUCUGGUUGGGAUAUCCUCAGGAGCCAACACAGUUGCCGCUCUUAGGCUUGCUAGAAUGCCAGAGAACAAGGGUAAACUUAUAGUGACUGUUCAUCCAAGCCUGGGAGAGAGGUAUUUGUCAUCUGUUUUAUUUGAAGAUUUAAAGAAAGAGGCAGAGCUGAUGCAACCAGUUGCUGUUGAUUAAUCUCAAUAACUCCUCUCAUGCCAAUAAAAUGGUCAGGAAUAAAGCUGCCUCUUUGGGCCUUCAUAGCUUAGUAAAAGAAGCUGAGUGAAAUUUUUUUAAGAAAAUAGUGGAAAUAGGAAAUAUUGUCAAGUUGUUUUUUUUUUUUUCUUACAAAUGAAACUUUGUAUUUUUCUGUUAUAUAAUAUGUUCUAGAUAUAUGCU